CCAAAUCUGUCAGGACGAUGAUUGUGUCACAAGGUUGUGUGAGUGAAGAGUAAUUAGUGAACAUGUCAAGUCCAAGACGUACUCCCAGGCGUAGUGCCCGAGGGUCUGAGGCAGACCAAGCCCCUAGAACCCCACAGCAGCCAGUGGAGCCACGAACUCCUAGUUCGCGCACCAGGCGUGGACCACGCACUCCUGCACGAGAGGACACAUCUCCACGUUCUGGUACACCAACCUCCACGCCACUCAGGUUUGGUGCACAGCGUGCACCUCCAACUGACCAGGAUAAUGUAGUGGUGGAGCCCUCGGACCCUCUGUCAAUCCCUCCAUCCUCUCCUGCGCAGAACAUUGGGGCACCAACCAGUCCUUUCGGCGUGGGAAUGAGUGAGAUUGACUUAAGCUCUCCUCUAAAUUAUGGCACUCCGAGCUCCAUGGGGUCUCUGCGCACCCCGAGAUCAGGUAUCCGAGGUACUCCUAUCCGGUUGCGGCCAGACAUCCGCACAGACAGACGAAUGCGACAAGUCAACGUUAAUUCAGAUCCAGUGGAUGUACCGGUUGACAGGAUUGCGUCAUCAGAGGGUGAAGGAGCAUCUCAGGGUCCGAACUUGGUAAUUUGGGGCACAGAUGUUGUGGUCAGCCGCUGCAAGGACAGAUUCAAACGGUUCAUACAAAACUUUUUAGAGACAGAGACUGAUGAGGAUGAGCAACCUGAGAACAGAGACACCAAUGAACCUCUGUACAUGCAGAAAUUGGAAGAGAUUCAUAUGCUGGAGGAACCAUUUUUGAACGUGAACUGUGGUCACUUAGAGACCUUUGACCCUGAACUGUACCGCCAGCUGGUCUGUUAUCCCCAAGAGGUGAUCCCAACUCUGGACAUGGCUGUUAACGAGAUGUUUUUUGAUCGCCAUCCUGCUGCAGUUCUUGAACAUCAGAUACAAGUCCGACCUUUUAAUGCUCAGAAAACCAAAAAUAUGCGCUUAUUAAAUCCAGAAGACAUAGACCAGCUGAUCAGUGUCAGUGGGAUGGUGACUCGGACAAGCAACAUCAUGCCAGAAAUGCGUGAAGCUUUCUUCAAGUGUAUGGUCUGUGCCAACACGGCGUCGGUGGAGAUUGAUCGUGGGCGUAUCGCUGAGCCAACCGUCUGCACACAGUGUAGCACCAAAUUCUGCUUCACCCUGGUCCACAACCGGUCUCAAUUUACAGACAAGCAGAUGGUCAAGCUGCAGGAGUCCCCAGACGACAUGCCAGCUGGUCAGACUCCACAUACUGUGGUCCUGUUUGCUCACAAUGACCUGGUAGAUGCAGUACAUCCUGGUGACAGAGUGACCGUGACUGGUAUCUACCGUGCAAUGCCAUUGCAAGUUAACCCGCGCAUGCGAAACGUGCGCUCAGUCUACCGUACCCACAUUGACGUGGUCCAUUUCCGUAAGACAGAUUCAAAGCGACUCUAUGAACAGGAGGAUGGGAAAGACCCGUUUCCCCCAGAGAGAGUGGAGUUGUUACAACAGCUUAGUCAGCAGGAAGACAUCUACGAGAGACUGGCCAGAGCCAUUGCACCCUCUAUCUACGAGAAUGAAGACAUCAAGAAGGGUAUCCUCCUGCAGCUGUUUGGAGGAACCAAGAAGGCAUUCAAGAAUUCAGGCCGGGCCAAUUUUCGGGCUGAAAUCAACAUUCUGCUAUGUGGAGAUCCAGGUACCAGCAAAUCGCAGCUGCUUUCGUAUGUGUACAACCUUGUGCCUCGCAGUCAGUAUACCAGUGGCAAGGGCUCAUCCGCUGUGGGUCUCACUGCGUAUGUGUCCAAGGAUCCAGAAACUCGCCAGCUCGUGCUGCAGACUGGAGCUCUUGUGCUAGCUGACAAUGGCAUCUGCUGCAUUGAUGAGUUCGACAAGAUGAAUGAUUCUACACGCAGUGUGCUUCAUGAGGUGAUGGAACAGCAAACCUUAAGUAUUGCCAAAGCAGGAAUUAUCUGUCAACUGAACGCUCGGACUUCGAUCUUGGCAGCUGCCAACCCUUGUGAGUCCCAAUGGAACAAGAACAAAACCAUAAUUGAAAAUAUUCAGCUGCCUCACACACUAAUGUCCAGGUUUGAUCUGAUAUUCUUGAUGUUGGACCCACAAAAUGAACAGUUUGAUAGACGUUUGGCUCGUCACCUGGUUUCUCUGUAUUACAAGUCCCAAGAUGAAGAAAAUGAGGAGGUUUUGGACAUGGGCUUGCUACGAGAUUACAUUGCGUACACACGUGAACAUAUCCAGCCACGACUGAGUGAAGAGGCUUCCCAACGACUGGUGCAGUGUUAUGUGGAUAUGCGUCGCGUGGGCAGUGGUCGGGGCCAGGUCUCUGCGUAUCCCCGGCAGCUGGAGUCACUGAUUCGACUGGCAGAGGCUCAUGCCAAGAUGCGCUUCUCUCAGACUGUGGUAACCGAGGAUGUAGAGGAGGCUUACAGGCUGCACCGAGAAGCCCUGAAGCAGUCAGCGACAGAUCCACUCUCGGGCAAGAUUGAUGUUGGGAUUUUGACCACUGGUCUAAGCUCUGCAGCACGAAAGCGCAGGCAAGAACUAACGCAGGCUUUGCGGAAGCUCUUAACUACAAAGGGAAAGGGUGCGUCACUUAACUACCAGAAGGUGCUGCAAGAGAUGAAAGAAUCUUCACAAUUGAUGGUGACCCGAGAAAUGUUUGAAGAUUCACUGAAGGAGUUGCAAGAUGAAGGAGUGGUCACCCUCCCCAGCAGAACCACAAUUAGGAUUUGUUAGUAAUCAGCAGUGAUGCUGCUAACUCCCAACCAUAUCCAUGUUCAUUUAUAAAAAUUAAAUAUAAGAAUAAAUAGUAUUGUUUUAUUUCA